CAGCUGAGACACUGGACGAUGAACAAAUGUGAUUCAACUAACAUGUUCAAGCUCAACCCUUGUGAAAGCCACGAUCCCGACUAAUACACCAACAGAUGUUGAAGAUGCUCCAACAAGCGUUCGUCCGGAACCAGAUGUGCAAGUGAUUUGUCUCCAUAAAGAUGGAGGAACCCAGGCAGGACGGUGAAGCUGCCCAACCUCCAACCCCGUCUCAGCACAAAAGGCCAAGCCAAGCUCUGUAUGUACCGAAACAACGGUCGCAGGCCUCCAAAGACGGCGCUCAAUCCCGCGGAGAAGUGAAACCCAGAGCUCAACCAAAAUACACAGACAAAGCACGGAAGAAUGCCAGGAACAAGAAGAGAGCGGAGCAGAAGGCGAAGGAAGAGGCACAAACACAGAGUAGCACAGCUAGUCCUGAUGUGGUCGAAGAGCAGCUUCCAGCAGAGAACAGCGGCCCCUCAGACACCACCAGGGCAGAAGGGACCUCACAGCUGGAGGCUGCAUCCUGCGAGGAGGAGAAUGCAGAUGAGGAGAGUUGGGACACCAUGUUUAAUGACGAUGGAGACUGUCUCAGUCAGCAGCUGAUGGAAGAGUUGUCUCUGACAAGCGGUCAAGGAAAGACGUCUAUCCAGGAGGCCAGAUUUGACUACUACAACAUGCACAAGUUUGAUGGUGAGGAGGAGGAAGAGGAGGAGGUCGACUUAAGAGCAGACGAGCUCUCCCAUAUUGUGGAGAUCUAUGACUUCCCUCCAGAGUUCAGGAUAGAGGACCUGCUCAAGUGCUUUCACAACUAUCUACGCAGUGGUUUUGACAUCAAGUGGGUGGAUGACACACAUGCGCUGGGUCUGUUCUCCAGUGCUCAAGAUGCUCGCGAAGCUCUGAGAUCCAAGCACUCGAUGAUGAAGCUGCGGCCGCUCUCCAAGUCUUCCUCAGCAACCAAGGCCAAAGCUCGAGGCUGUUCAGACUACCUCCUGCCGUACAAAGAGAGGCCAAAGACCAGCGCAGCUCUGGCCCGCAGACUUGUGACCAGUGCCCUGGGUGUGAAGACCACUGUGACCAAGGAGCAGAGGGAAGAAGAGAAGAGGAAACUUCAGGAAGCAAGAGAAGCGUCUGGCAGCCAAGCAGCGCGAGGACGCUUGGGAAGGGAAGUGACACGAGGACCGGACCUGCUCCGUGGGCCCCACCCAGUAACUCACCUCAGCCCUCUUGUGUUCGUGAAUGUGAUGCUCGACUCCAUGUUGGACUCCCAAAGUUGGACAGACGGUCGUAAUGUUAUGGCAGAGCUUGCAGUUUUUUAGGUUGUUUUACACCUGAGGCUCGUAUUUUUUAAAGAUAUGAUGAACAUCUACUGAUGCUCUACUCCAUGUUUUUACUCGCCUCCUCUUUUUGUAAACCUGUGAUUCACCUCAGAAUUUGUCCUUG